AACGGCUUCUGGUCACUUCAUAGAGGAUCAUAGAGCGAAGUAUCUUUGGUUACUUUUGUGUUUGAAAUUCACCGAGGAAAUGCCUGAGCCGAAACCAACAGCCAAGAAGGGCGCCAAGAAAGCAUUGGCAAAACCUGUAGGCAAGGCGGGCAAGAAGCGCAAGAGGUCAAGGAAGGAAAGUUAUGCCAUCUACAUCUACAAAGUGAUGAAGCAGGUUCACCCUGACCCCGGCAUCUCCUCCAAGGCCAUGAGCAUCAUGAACUCGUUCGUGAACGAUAUUUUCGAGCGUAUCGCGGGCGAGGCUUCCCGCCUGGUCCAUUACAACAAACGAUCGACCAUCAGUUCCAGGGAGAUUCAGACCGCCGUGCGCCUGCUGCUGCCCGGGGAACUGGCUAAGCACGCCGUGUCGGAAGGGACAAAGGCUGUAACCAAGUACACCAGCUCCAAGUAAACAUCCACUCAAUGCUGACGAAACACCGAAAACCCAAAGGCUCUUUUAAGAGCCACUCACAUUUUCACUUAAAAGUGCUGCAGUAAUAUUUCGACAUUGAAUUACAGCAGAAUACUUUCUGAAUGUUAUCGUAGUUAUUUCAGAUGCUGUUUACUGAUUAAAUGUGUUU